CUUUCCUUUCGACACGGCAUCUCUUCGUAGUUUCUAUUGUUUAUAUUUUUAUUUUAAUGGUAAUGCAGUGAUCGAAAAAUCCCAAAAAAUGAGAAUCACAAAUGUAAGACGUGGUAGGAUCAUCCGUAUGAGCGCCGUUUGUGCAGUUUUAUUAAUUUUAAUUUAUGCUCUGCACAAUUAUUCCCGUGCUAACGUUGCUAGUGAUACGGUAGAAAUACUGGGACCCAAUUCACGAGCUGAAUACUAUAAGUCCCACAAGAAUGUAUAUCCUACGUUAAAAACAGAACUUGGUAAUUUCGAGCCAAAAGUGAAGUUAAAAGUGAAGGGGCCAGGUGAAGGUGGAGAGCCAUACCACAUGGCACAAGACAGAGCUAAUGAUAUAGCAGAAUCGGAGAGUGAAUAUGGCAUGAACAUAGCUGCUUCUGAUGAUAUUGCUAUGAACAGAACCGUAACCGACACGCGUUUAGACGAGUGCAAAUACUGGCAUUAUCCCGAAGAGUUACCGUCCACAUCAGUGAUCAUUGUAUUCCACAAUGAGGGCUUCUCAGUCCUCAUGCGGACUGUACACUCGGUUAUAAAUCGAUCACCGCCGAAUAUUCUUCACGAGAUUGUGUUGGUCGAUGACUUCUCCGAUAAAGACAACCUCAAACAAAAUCUCGAUAACUACAUAAAACGAUGGAACGGUAAAGUUCGUCUCAUAAGAAAUACUCAAAGGGAGGGACUUAUUAGAACAAGAUCUAGGGGUGCACAAGAAGCUACUGGUGACGUCAUCGUAUUCCUUGACGCACAUUGUGAGGUCAAUGUUAAUUGGUUGCCUCCACUCCUUGCUCCUAUAUUCAGGGAUUAUAGGAUCAUGACUGUCCCAGUGAUAGACGGCAUUGAUCAUAGAACAUUUGAAUACAGACCGGUGUACCAACACGGAACAAACUAUAGAGGAAUAUUCGAGUGGGGAAUGCUUUAUAAAGAAAACGAAGUACCCGAUAGAGAAGCUAAUGAGCACAAACACAAAUCGGAACCAUAUAAGAGUCCAACUCACGCUGGAGGGCUAUUUGCAAUCAAUAGAAGAUAUUUCUUGGAGAUUGGUGCUUACGAUCCUGGACUAUUAGUUUGGGGAGGAGAGAACUUCGAGUUAAGCUUCAAAAUAUGGCAAUGUGGUGGUAGCAUUGAAUGGGUUCCGUGUUCUAGAGUUGGUCACGUAUAUCGCGCAUUCAUGCCUUACUCUUUCGGGAACUUAGCAAAGAACCGUAAAGGAUCGCUCAUUACCAUUAACUACAAACGAGUUAUCGAGACUUGGUUUGACGAAGAGCAUAAGGAAUAUUUCUAUACAAGGGAACCAAUGGCCAGAUUCUUGGAUAUGGGUGACAUAAGUGAACAGAUCGCGCUCAGGGAUAAGUUGAAGUGUAAGAGCUUUGGGUGGUUUAUGGAAAAUGUAGCGUACGAUGUGUACGAUAAGUUCCCCAAAUUGCCUAAGAAUGUGCAUUGGGGUAUGGUGAAGAAUAAAGCCACUGGUGUAUGUCUGGAUACAAUGGGCAAAGCAGCUCCAGCAUAUAUUGGUACAUCAACAUGCCACGGGGCAGGUAACAACCAACUAUUCCGUUUGAACGAAGCGGGCCAGCUCGGUGUAGGCGAGAGAUGUGUGGAAGCUGAUAGCGAUAGUGUGAAACAGGCGAUAUGUAGGCUCGGAACGGUUGAUGGGCCGUGGAGGUACGACGACGAGCAUAAACACAUAAUCCACAGACUGCACAGUCACUGUUUGACAUUACAACCGCAUUCGCGAACUCUAGGCUUGGCGCCCUGUGACCCCAACAACACGUACCAGCAAUGGACAAUCACGCAUAAAAAACCUAAUUGGUGAGACUGACGCGACGCGGGAAAAUAGUUUAAAUUUUUAAAUUGAAAAUAAUGUUUACAAAAAAAGUAAGACCAUAGAUUGAAGAGAUUGUGAUUGAAGAAUUAAAAAGCUAUCGCCAGACGCCAGUUUAAAAAUUGACUUUUUAUAUUAUCUGUCAAUGACGAUGUUGAGACACCGUCUAGAUUCUAGAAUUUCCAUAUAUUCACGCCACAGCAAUAAUACUUUAAUAUUUCAUACUCGAUAGCUUUAAUGUUAUAAAAAUGCGAGAAAUGGAAGCAAACUGGGCAAUGAAAAUAUAACUAAAAAUAACACAAAAUUAAUUGUCUAUGAUAAAAUUGUUAUUGCGUGCAUGAAAUUCCCCUUUAUAGGCAAAUAAUUUUAUGAAAUUGAAAUCCCAAUAAAUUUAAACAAAAUGUUAAAACUUAAGAAUAUUUUGAAUGGUAUUGUACUUGUAUAUAGAAAGGAAACCGGCAAUAAAUAUUAAGUAACUACAAAAAUAUGCGGAAUAGCAUAUUCUAUUUAUUAUAAAAAAAGCCUUAUUUUAAUGAAAAUUUAUGAAGUAUUGUAGGAAUAAACUGAAAGAAAUUUUAUAGGAUUCCGAAACGGUUAUUGAUCGGACCCAUUUAUUGUAUGGUCAUUUAAUUAUUAUUCGCUAUUUUUAAGUUAAUAUAAUUCUUAUAAUAUUACAGUACAUAGUGUACCUAUAUGCAUUUUAUGAGAUUAUUUUCCUAUUAUAUUCCUGCUGUUUAAUUCAUAUAUAUUUUUAACUGCUUUCAAUGAUAUUAUAAAUAAAAAAAUGUAGAUAUGUUAUUAGACCAUGAAUGGCAUGAAAUGUGGCUAAUUAGCCAAAUUUAACUUAGGUCGACUUUUGAAGUUAUACUUCUUUUGGCGCGAUGGAGAAAAUUAUGAGAGUGAAUUUUUACAAUGCGCGCGCACACCGACACCUAAAUUUAACAGCAUGAAGUUAGUUCUAGGUGGUAUGAAAAUUGAUAACUAUGUUCAAGUUGUAUAUUCUAGUAUUUUUUUUCCAUACGCCAAAGAAGUGUAACUUCUAACGCGUGUACAUAAGUACACAUACUCUUUUUUUUCGCUCACGACAGUCGUAGCAUGCCAUCUUACUUUGACGUCUAAUCGUGUGUGCGUUAGUUUGCCGAUUUUGAAGAUCGAAUGUUGUGUUGGUUACCUAUCUUCACUUUUUACAUAUUACAUUACUAGUUUUCCGCCCGCGCUGUCAAAGAAAAACCCGCAUAGUUCCCGUUCCCGUGGGAUUUCCGGGAUAAAAAGUAGAGUUACUUUCGCAUUUAUAAUAUUAAGUAUGGAUUACUAUUAUAAAGACUACCACUGUUUGUGAAGGUCAUGAUAUUAUUGAAUAAGGUAUAUAACCGAUAUGAAUUAAUUACAUACUGUAUUUCGACUUUAACGUUUAUUAUUAUAAAUGGGAAAGUAACUCUGUCUGUCUACUGUAAUAAAAUUAUCAAUUAUCUAUGUACCUAUUAACUGUCUGUUACUUAAGGCGUGAACUACUGAACCAA